AUGAGCUCUAACAAGACAGAACUGGAAGUGCCAAGUGGUUUUUUCACUGUGGAGCAGUUGCAGACGUUAUCAAGUCGCGAAGCUGAAAAUAAUCGUCUUGUCAGCGUGAUAGGACAUAUAAAAGAUUUUCAACCCCCAAUAAAAACCAGAGGCUCAGACUGGAAAUGUACACUAGAAAUAGCCGAUCAUUCUAUUCAGUCCAAUAGUUUAGGUAUUAAAGUUGUGCUGUUCUGGCCUCUCGAAAACAUGCCAUCGGAAUCUGCCGUGGCAGAUAUAGCCGUUAUAUCAAGAGCAAAGCUUCAGGGAUUUGGUGGUCUCCGUUCUCUUCUGUCGAACAUUAACACAACCGUGCAUAUUAUGCCCUCGAAGAAAAUCCCCCGGAACUUAUGCCAAAGCUAUACACACCUUUGGAAAUCAUGCUCUUUCUACCAUAAUUCUAGCAGCAAAAAGAUAGAUGCACCUAGCUAUAAAGAAACGGAGUAUGCAUUGAUGGUGAAUCUAAAAAAAUCGAGCCGUCCAACUUUAUCUUCUAAAGAGCACAAACUCAACAAACCCCAAGCCAACAACGUGAGGGAAAAGUAUCGGCUCUUAGCAGAUGCUCGUCCUGGAGAAUACUGCGAUCUUGUAGGGCAGAUAGUUAAGAUAAGGCGGCAAUCUUCAGGAGUCCUAUCAUUAUACAUUUCUGACUAUUCCGCCAAUGACUAUCUUUACGACUAUAUUUAUGAAGAAAAGAGAGCUCAAACUACAAGCCACACAGAAGAGGAAUACUUUACUUUUCAGUCCUCGAGAGAUAAAAGCAAUUGGCCUGGACCAUUCGGAAAACUGACUAUCCAAAUUGCUCUCUGGGAUCAAAACGCUGAUUAUAUUAAUGAUCGAGCUAAAUGUGGGGACUGGCUUGCGCUCAACAAUGUACGCAUGAAAUUGAACUCAAAUGGAAGCAUUCUCGAAGGGGCUUUACACAGCGAGAAUGGAAAAGUACUCGUGCAAGUAAUAACGUUAGCUGAAGAAUCACCCAUAACCUCGGCUCGAUUGAAAUCCGCUAAGAAGCGACAAUUAAAGUAUAAGCAAUAUUACAAUAAACUUGUUGCUAAUAACGAAAAUAAUGUCAAAGAAAAUAGUUUUGGCAAGAAGAGAAAGUUUGAUGAUACCGAAGUAUCUGGGAGAAAAUCCAAAAAUAGAGAAACUAAACUAGGCCAUAUUGCAGAUCAGGAACGGAUAAGGUUAGGCACUGGGCUUCCCCAACUGAAUGAGAAUAUCAAGUCCAAUUUUACAGAUAAAACUGCUGUAACUUUGAGAGAGAUCCUCAACUCAACUUUUAGUUCUCCGACUGAAACAAGGCUAAUACCUUCUCCUUUCACGAAUUGCAAAUACAAAGCAAUAGUACGCGUUAUCGACUAUUUUCCUGACCAAAUCGAACACUUUGCAGUAUCUCUUGACGAUGAUGAAACAGAUGAACCGUCAAGCUCUGUUAAAAGCGAAGUUUCGAGCAAAAGACUGAAGAAUAAUUGGGAAUGGAGAUUUGCACUUUUACUAGAGGAAGCUUCAAUCACUGAAAGUUCUGAUAAAGAGUGUUUAUGGGUAGUCGUCGAUAACUAUGAAGCCCAACAUCUUUUGAAUUUAGAAAAAGAUGCCACAGAUCUUUCUCAAGAUAAAGAGCUUCUUUCUCAACUCAAAGAACAGCUCUUUAAGCUAUGGGGGAACCUGCAAGAAAAAAAAACAGCCAUUCUGCAAGAAAUAUCAUCAAAAUCUCAACCAAUUAUAAUUUAUCAUUCACCCGGGAUGCAACCAGAUCCUGAUAGCGAUGCAGAGAAAGAAAGAACAAAAAAUCAGACAAAGAUGAUAAAUUCGCAGCCUCUUGCAUCAGAAAGGAAUACGCUGCCAAUCAUAAAUCCAAUAGAAUAUGUGUCGCUUAGUAGUCAAAGGAAACUAUUUCAUGAUAUAAGGCCCUCGAACAAAGCCUUCACUUGUUGCAUUCAACAGUAUGGGAUAAGAGAGGUAGAAAAUCAUCCAGUCAACUCUAAUUUGGAACCAAAGAUACUGUGGAAACGACAAUAUUCAAUGUUUGGGACCAAGAUAGCAUAA